CACAUGGUAUUCUAUUAAUAGUUGUAUAUAGUAGUAUACCGACCAGGAAGUUUACAUACAACAUCGUAUACAGAUAUACGUCCAAAAUGUACAUACAGAAUCAACACGUAUCUGUAUCCAACAGUGAUAUAAAAAUCCACUGGAUCAUCUUACUACUAUUGGCAGUCUCAUCACCGUCAGAUGCUGUAACCCUGACCGGGUCGUCUGAGUACGCUGUCCCUGGGACUGAGUUUACACUGACGUGUGAUGUACCAGAGGAGGCCACUCUUGUCCAGUUUUACCGCCGUCCUAACGUCACUACUCCAGUAGGUAGUGUACAAGUGGGUGGUGACCAAUGUUACAACACCCAAGUCAACCCCGCCGUCCCCUGUACACCGGAUGUCUGUUCCUGUGUAACGUCCGGAGAAACCCUUGGUACAGUGUUCCGGUGGAUCAUACAGCCACAGACGGGAGACCAUGGAUCUGUGUGGUACUGUACACGUACCAACCUUAACCUACCCGACCCGGCACUGGACAGUGAUGACUAUACACUCACUGUAGCAGUUCCCCCAAGGAUAUCUAAUCUAAAGAUUGAAACGGAAGACGUUAAUCUGACAGAGGGUAGCAGUAUAUCUCUGGUCUGUUCGGUGGAGAGUUUCCCUCCGUCCACAAUACAGUGGUUCUAUAAAGCCAACAACACAGUUCUACUGACCACCCCAGACGUCCUGGAGAGUACCUACACCCUGACUAACGCUGACUGUCUGGACACCGGACUCUACACCUGUUCUGUCAGAAACAGUGUCUCUAACACAGCGGUUACCAGGGGUAUACCGGUCAACGUUCUGUGUAAGCCACGUGAAGAUCCCAGAGUAAAUGGUAAUCAUAGGUUUGGUUUAACUACCUCAGAUGACCUGACUCUUACUGCUAUGUUCCUAGCUAAUCCAGAACCAAGUUUCAUGUGGACAUUUCAAGACCUCGCUAAUAAAACCACAAGUGAACUUAAAAACGGAACAGACAGUUUUAUCAUACGGAAUUCAUUUGAUAGGAUGAACCUGUCAGCAUUGUCGAUGGGGAUUCGUAAAGACAUGCACGAAGACAUGUACGGAACAUAUACUGUCACAGCCACAAACAGUCAGGGAAGUGGAAGGAUUAACUUUUCAGUGGAAGCACAGGGAAAACCUAACCCUCCUUACGAAGGAAUAGCUAUUUGUCCUUCCGCAGAUCAAGCUAUUCUGAUUUGGAGAUCGGCUUUCGAUGGAGGAUCUACCCAAACAUUUGUGGUCGGAAAAAGAAUCCGAACACAAGGCAUAUUUGUUAUAGACAGACAACUUGAUACCCCCGAUCCAGGACAACACCGAACUGCCAUCAUUUCUAUAUAUGGUCUUACUGGUGGUACACAGUAUUUCUUCGUGGUAUUUGCUGUGAACAAAUUUGGAAACUCAACUUUUGAACGUGACGUCAACUGUACAACACAAGUUUCCCAGGUACAUGCAAGCGCCUGUGGAACUGACAGUAUGUAUGUACCAGGAGUUGUCCUGACGAUCACUGGAGUAAUCACGCUUUUGUUUACAGUUGGACUCGAGAUUAUUUUUAGACGAAAUAGAAAACUGUGUUGUAGUAAGUUGCAGCUUCCAAAACAGAAAGAGUUCCAGAAUAUUCAACUCUCAGAACGAGACGGAACACCCCAUAGAGACAAUGAAAGAUCUCUAUAUGACCAACUCGAUACAAAUGACGUUGCCAAGGCGUCCGUCUACUCUGAACUUGGAGGACAUCAUCAUGUUUACCAGAACGAUCCAGUCAGUGAAGGAAAUGGCGGACAGUACGAGGCGUUGAAGGGACGCACCGCUUCAAACGUCUAUGAGGAACUUCACAGUCAAACAGCUAGUGAAACAGAAACAUAUGUCAAUACAGCCAUUGGCGGAAAGAGGAAACAACGACACUGACGUGAAAACAUUUAGAGGCGAUUUACCACAUGUUACAUAGUAUGUGAAUCGUGUACAGAUUGGAAAGUAACAUCUUCAACCUGCUGACGACCGUGCUUGAAUAAGUCUCAGUGAUGAUAGAAUAAACAAUGCCAGUAGCCUGUGUGUACUGUCAAUGUAAUGCUCAUUUGCAUAAAAAAAGUAUUCCGCUAAGUGAAGAUUCAUCAAAACAAUCAUACUAUUGUUGCAACGGCCUGUAUCGUUAAUGCAUACAGGACGUGGUUACUUUUAUCUGUGUUGCUAUGUAUAUUUAGUGCGUAAUGACAAGCUGACGACUCAGCACUUACUUUGGAUGAAGAAGGUUCACCUCAAGAAGAUAGGCAUAUAAAAAGUGUGUGUGUUGGGGAGGGGGGAUGUUGAUGUGGGUUAAAAGCAAUUCUAAACACAGGUUUUCUUAUAAGAAAUCACUGCCUUAUAAAAACAAUUGCGAGAAAAUUAUUCAUUUAAGUAUAAAUAAUAUUCACAGUUAAAAAUAACAACGUGUUUAUUAUGACGAAAAUGUGUAGAAAUAAAUGAAAUUGAUGCACCUGGUCACCCAGGGCUCAAAGUUGUAUCGGAAAGGUCAACGUGAAAAAAGUCUAGCUCUAUCAGACAUGUAUAUGCUAAUGACAGUCCUUUCAAAACCACUUCCGAUUAAAUAAUUAUCGUAUCAAACAUAUAUUUUACUCUUUAAGUUCGAAAACAAAUUAUAUUAAAAAAAAGCAGCAGUGAAAUUGCUUGAGGAAAAAAAGGAGCAACAAUUUGGUAUAAUUAAAUAAUUGUUGAAAAUAGCCUUGAAUACAGGAGAGCUUACCAAACUAUGGGCAUCAUAUAUGUAUCUUAUUUAGUAUAAUGCUUUUUUCUCCCUUUAAACAGAAAUAACCACCAUAUCUUAAAAGUGCAACAGUUUAUCUAGUGCAAUUCUGGAAUUAUAUACAUGAAGAAUAAGAGAAAGCUUAACCAAUAAUUCAGGAUAACAUACAUUUAUACGAAUAUUCCAAUAAAGCUCAAUAAACUGUUUGUUACAUUGUUGACUUAAAAACAAAUAUUAAAUGUGUGUAUUUUGCAUAUUAAACUGUACACAUGCAUAUUCAUGUGUAAUAAUUUUAUGCAAUCUUUACUUGUCGCAAUGGAAUAUGUAAAAUUACAGAACUUGUUUAAAACAAAAUAAGAAUUGUUAUGAAAUUGAAGGCGUUUUCAACUUUUGUGGUGCUUUAAACCAAAUCAUUGUGCAAAUAAUGUGUAUAUAAUGUAUAAUGUUGGAUGAAUAAAACAUUUCAUUAAAAUAAUAAUAAUAAAUGUGUAAUAUUGCUAGCCUCAAUAAAAUAACUAUCUUUAAGUGACGUAAACUUGUUAUUUCUAAUUCUGUAUUGGGAUAAAAGGUUAUUGAUAAACAAUAUUACAUAAUACACUGACACAUUUCUAAAAUAAACGCCGUGUGUACAACUCCCUGUUAUUAAAUGAUUUUUUUUAAUCAUUUUUAGACAUUAUAAAAGUAACAUUGCAGCGUUUUCGAUCUGCUACUAAAACGAAAUUAAGUUCACUAACAAUGCAGUUUGGUUCUCACCGAGUGUUUUAAAUUCUGCGUAUUGUCUCUUUUUUUGUAUUGAAAUAGAAAAAUAUUAUAAAUUGAAAAGUGGAAUGUGGAUACAUAUAAUACAUUCUGAAUAAUUUCCCUUAGCAACAUUAUGCAGGGUAAUAUGAACGUUUGUUCCAUGCAACAGAAUAUUAGUGUCGACAUCUUGCUCCAGUUAGAUAUGAUGUUUUAUUUCACUGGCUCACGUGGCUCAACGAGAUAUGAUGUUUUAUUUCCGGGUCACAUGCUGCGAUUCGGCUAAUCACAAGCACUGUUAUAAACAUGAGGUAUACUAAAUUAUAUUGAAUGUGUAUACAUAUUUGAUCCGGGUUAUUCAUUUUCUUAUCUAUUACUGUGUUCAAAAAAGUACACUAAUAAACAUUGUAUUGAUACAUCA